UUUUAGAGGAAGCUUAUAUGGCUAGUUCACGACGAGAUGAUGAUACUUCCCGCAUGGAAAUGGAAGAAAUGGACGAUACUGAAAGGGAUAUAGAGCAGGUGAUCGACUGUGAUACUCUCACUGGACCAGCUGAUGAUCAUGUUAGUAGCGAUGAUGAAGAUCAACAGAGUACUUCAAACGUAUCCGAUGCGGACACUAGAGAAGUGGCUGACGAUUCUUCAGUUGCUUUACAAGCGCACGAACAAGAUUGUUUUGCAGUCGCUAUUGCUGACGAGCGAUGGCUAGCGUCUGGCGGUGAAGAUGAUGUCGCAUAUUUAUGGGAUUACCAAGUCUCUGACUCUGAUCCAGUUCUAAAAAUCGACCACAGAGACUCUGUAACUAGCGUCACCUUCAACAAUGCGCAAACAUUACUGUCAACUGGCGAUAUGUCCGGGCAUAUUGUAAUCACUCAACUUGGAGAUUUACAACCUCGAGCUAAGAUUGAUGACUGUAACGAUCUUGAAUGGAUGUGUUGGCAUACUACCACCGAUAUUCUUUUUGCUGGCGAUAAAGACGGUACAGUAUGGAUGUGGCUAAUCGGUCCUUCUGGAGUAGCGCAAUCUAAAGUAUAUGCUGGAAAUGGAUCGCCUUGCACUGCUGGUCAUAUUCUUCCAGAUGGCAAGCGGCUUCUGGCUGGCUACGGUGAUGGUGUAGUAAGAUUAUGGAACCUGAAGGACGGAACAUGUACAACGCUAUCUUUCCGUACCUCUAUAUCAGAAGUUCACCACCAUGUCAGUCAACCAAUGGGAGUAGUUGGAACGGAAGAUGGUUUUGUACAUGUCAUAAACACUGCACAUGCCGACAAACUGACUGAAACUGUAACAUUUCCACCACUUGCUCAAUCACUACAAACUGACGAGGAUGGAGAGAACGUGGAGAACUGCGUCGAGUGUGUACAGUUUGCUCCUUUCAAUUCCUGGUUAGCUGUGGGACGGAACGACGGCACCCUUUGCGUGUAUGAAACAUUCUCAAGCACUCCUCGCAGUAUUUUUAGAGCACCUUCACCUCAGGCAAUCACAAGGGUACUGUGGUCUAUGGAAGGAAAUACACCGUUUUUGUGUGCUGGUUCUGUAGAUGGUACUGUAAGGAUUUUCGAUGCUAGAGAUGGAUCGUUAUAUAAGGAACUGGGAAAUGGCGGCGAUGAUGUGCUGGACAUGGCGUUGCUGGGAUCAAAUCCAUUACGAGUGAUGACUGCCGGCGGUGGUGGAGUCAUCAGAAUAUUUGACUUGUCGCUAUCAUAA